CCAUGGUGCCCACCGAGAGGAAGCAAAAAGACUCGACCCAGCUGAGCGUGGAGGUCGCAGUGGGCCCCUCGCUGCUCCUCCUCCACAUCCUCGCCUUGGCUGCGCUCUACUAUGACGAGAACAAGCGGCGGAACAAGGGGCGCUGGUGCCAUAACUGCCGCGGACGUGGGGGGUGGCGUCGCCUGGGGUGACGUCACAGCGCGCGACGGGAGGCUCUGGUGGAGAAGCCCGUCCCCGGGUCCCAUCCUGCAGGGCUGCGGCAGCAUCAAGACUGCAGGGAUCUAUCUGGUCACCCGCGAUGAUGUUGUCAGAGUGUCAGGGAUCAUCAGGCGUGGUCGUCGGAUCCUGUAACUGUUAAAUUAUGGAAUUUUAAAAUCCGUGAUGAUGACAGCGUCCUUCGUGAGCCGGGUCCUGCCUGUCCUCCUGGGAACUGAUGUUGCAAAACUGUCCAACUGUUUAAUUAAUUAUCUAAAGACUUCAUGACGUAAUCGACCUGGUUUAAGAACCAACGUGCUAAGUACAAAGGAUGAAUCCACAGAAUGAUAAAGAAGGUCUACAAGUGUCAGCUGGAAAUGCUAAAGCCCUUUCUCCAUCAAACUAUUCCCAUGGUUUAUUAACAUGAAUUAGAAUUCUGAAGAACAGGAGGCCCGAUUGCGUGUCCGCCAUGGCCGACAAAAUGGAUAUGUCUUUGGACGACAUCAUUAAGCUGAACCAGAGACAGCAAGGCUGUCUUGGUGGAGGCCGGGGCUGCAGCAGGGCUGGUUCCCAGGGCGGCCGCUGCGGUACCAUGCAGGCCUCCAUGCAGGGAAAUCGAGACAGCGGGCCUCUGAGGAACCAGCCCUGUGUCUCUGGCAGCAUUGCAGGCAGCAUCAGGGACCCGCUGGCUACCUACAGCAGGCCUAAACAACUUCCCAAGAAGUGGCAGCAUGACCUCUUCGACAGAAGCUUCUGGGGUGAAACCGGCAUGGAGAUGGGUGGACAGCUGUUGGUGUCAAACCUUGACUGCGGGGUGUCAGAUUCGGAUAUUCAGGAACUCUUCGCAGAGUUUGGAACACUGAAGAAAGCUGCUGUGCACUAUCAUCGCUCUGGACGACAUUUGGGGACAGCACAUGUGCACUUUGAAUGGAAGGCAGAUGCCCUGGACGCUAUGAAACAGUACAAUGGUGUCACUUUAGAUGGCCGCCCCAUGAACAUUCAGGUUGUCACGUCACACAUUGACACGCCAAGAAGACCUGCACAGAGAAUAAACAGUCUUCUGGCUGACUGAAGCACAUUGAUACUUCAGCUUAGGGGCUCAACUGAUACAUCUGGGAGGCAACAGGGACAGCCACAGUAGAUUGAACUGUUUUGGAAAUGUCAAGGACAGCAGUGACCAACAAUAUUAAAGCAGGAUGCUGUGGGUGCUUUGUAAGAAUGUCCAUGGUCCGGUGAAGAUGAUCAUGAAGUAAGACAGGAAGAUAUCAUUUAUACUCUAACUGUAUAUGCUUAUAGACACUAAGAUGUAUUACGGCCACAUUUAUAGAUGAUAAUAUUUAGAAGCUUAAAGACCUUUUCAGGCAUCCUUAAUGUUAUCUUAUUCUCUCUUUUUGUUAGUGUCUGUCUCUUCUCCAUUAAACACACACACACAGAGACAGAAAGACAGACACACAUAUUCCAUUUCCUCAUUUUUAUAUCAUUGUUUCCUGUUUUUUUUCUCCUGCCCGUUAUUCCCCUGCUCCACACAGGAGUCUCCUUUUUCUUUUGUGGAUAUUCUGGUUACUUCAGGUUGUGUACUCACAUCUAAAGUUUGGAGCUAAGAAACUUCCUAUAAGAGAGGAGAUGCCAUCUCUGUUGUUCUGGGUCUGAGUGUAUCCACUCAAUAUGAUCUUUUCUUGGUCCAUCUAUUUAGCUGAAAAUCUCAUGAUUUCAAUUUUCUUUAGAGAUGAAGAGUAUUUCGUAGAUUAUGUGUGCCUCAUUUUCAUUAUCAGUUUGUCAAGUUGAGGGACAUUUAGGAUGCUUUCAUUUCGCAGCUAUUGUGAAGAGAGCAGCAAUGAAUGUAGCUGAACAAGUACUUUUGGAGAAGUCCUUUGAGAAUAUGCCAAGGAAUGACAGAGCCGGGUUGACUUGCUAAAUUUAUUUAAGUCGAGGAUUUAUUUAUUUAAGGAUUUGUCCAUAUAGAUUUCCAGAGUGGCUAGAUUAUUGGUCAUGGCAUUUUUAUUUACUAUGUCUUUCUUUUUGAUGUUGUAGCUACCUUUUAUUAUUAGCAGUAUGAUUAACUCCCAGUUCUGUGGAAUUUAGGAUUCCUCACAUGAAGUUAAUUAUAUCCCAUAUUCUCGUGGGUAAAACCUCAGAUUUUCCUGUAUAAAUUUUAACUCUAAUUAUUGUCUGCAAAACUGCUUUAGUUGAAAUAAUUAUCUUAGCAUGAGAGGAUUUUGAAAUGCACUUCUGUCUCUAUCAAUUUUAAGAUAAAUUUCUUACUUGAUAUAAUAAUACUGUUGAGACUGAUUUUCCCUUCAAGUUUAAAUGACGUUCAAUGUUCUCUGAUUUAGGAUCAUUAUCUGGAUAUCUGGUAUUUGACAUUAAUUUAACAGCUCUAAGUAUUAAUUUUUUCUUUUUUUCAUCCCUUAUAUGAAUAAGUGCAAGCCAUCUAUAUGCCCAUUGUUCCAGAAAGAGAAACUAAAAUAAUAAAAGCAGAAAUAAAUGACUAUAUCUCCAGUAACCAUGUCACAGGUCAGUGAACAUACUCACUUUUCUGGAAAUAUUAUAUGUUCAGAUACUGCAAGUCAUUAAUUUUUGUUGCUGGAAAUAUUUUAAAUUUUAUUAUGUAAUUUUUUCAAAUAAACAAACAACAAAAAAUACAAACGCUGCAAUUAACCAGACCCAAACUCUGUACAAAAAUGUACAUUCAUUUAGUAAGUAUAUUCAUUGGGAGCCUUUAAUCCCAGCACUUGGGAGGCAGAGGUAGGCAGAUCUCUGUGUGUUCGAGCCCAGCAUGUUCUACAAGAGCUAGUUCCAGGACAGCCUCCAAAGCCACAGAGAAAGCCUGCUUCAAACUCUCCCCCAAAAAUAAAUAGUCAUUAGGAACAGAACCGCUGGAGUAUGACAAAAGGAGUUUUACACAUUGGUUUUUGAAUAAAUAUUUAUCAACUUAUCCAUUGGAAAAAGAAAAAUAACUGUGAUAGUAUUAGAGGUAGAAUAGAAUUUGUGUAUAUAUCUGGUUUUAUAAGUGGUGUUCAUUACCUUUAUUCAGUCCUAUCUCAACCUCGAUAUUCAGUCUUUCUUCUUUGCUUUCCUCAGUAUUCUGGUGUGCCCUCAGGCAUAUUGUUUCUCAUAUAUACUUAUUAUUGACCAGUGUCUGAGUAUGAGGAAAAUGUGGUUUCCUCUUUCUGACAGAAUUUCAUAUAUUCUUUCACUGACAUUAAAUAUGUCAUUUCUGAAUGAAUCCACAUUUAUAAUUAUGAGUACUUGCUUAGAAACGACUUAAACAUCACAGUAUUUAUUUUCAGACAUUGUACUUGGAUUUAUCUUAUUGGGAAACCAGGUCUCCAAUUAUGACACUGAGAUAUCAUUUGUGAAAACUUGGCCUUUAAUUAGGUUUGUUCCAAUCUACAUCUUCUAAUUCAAAUGUGCCUGCUUCAAUUAAUUUAUGUUCUGUCAUGUAUCUUUUUACCUGUCCUUCUUUGCUUACAUUUUGCUAUUGGUCUUGCUGGCAUCUACUUCCCCACCAGAAUCUCCCCCUGUUCUCUAUUUCCAUGAAAAUCAGGCUUAGCUAAUGGUCAUUUGGCUCUUUAUUGAACCAAUCAGGCAUAUUAGGCAGGUGAAGCAAAAAUUACACACAUGGUCAUGCAUGCAAUGCAAGAAAAUAUCCUGUAACAGGCCUUCCCUCAAUUUUUAGAACUCAACAGAAAUGAAAUAUUCUCCCAAAUAUCUGAAAUUGUUAUUUAGCCUAAGUUGUCACAAUCCUAUUAUGUUAGGUAAAGUUUAGAUGGUGUCAAAUGUCGUUGAAGUUUCUUUUUCUAGCUGCUUGUGAAUGACUCAAAAAUACAUGUAAAAGUAUUCCCACGGAUUACCUGCUCUUAUAUGUUAAUGUUUAAAGUAACAGUAUGCAAUGUUAUUACACAAAGAAUUAAAGUGGAAAAAAGAAAAAAAUAUUUGCCUGUGAAUCUAACCAUGAAUUAUACCUUACAUAUCUACCACAUUGCUAUGUAAUGGAAUGGCAAGAGACAUAAAUUUCAACCACACAAGCUGAAUAUGUUAGACUAGAAUCAUGUGAAAUCAAAGAAUUCACAGAAUUGUUAGAAGAGCAGUACAUGGCCAUGAUCUACAGGAACAGCAAUUAAAGCACUUUUCCUCACCAUAAGUGUUCCUUCUGUGUCAUGUACACUCUGAUCCUAUGGGACAUAAUCACAGCAUCCAAAACAGAUACAUAACAAUGUCCAGACAUUAAAUGUGUGUAGUUUUGUGUGUAUUGCUUGUGAACCUGUUGUGUCACACUGUUUAUACAGAGGUAGAACAUCCAUUAUACAAGGUCACUAUAUUAAAAUCAUUGGUCUGAUUAAAUGCCUUCAACAUUUACAUCCCUAAUUUCCUCAAGUCUACCUAUUUACAAGAAUGCACUCUACUAGUACAAGGUCAAACAAUUCUCUUGUUCCAGGGUCUGUUGAUAUUCAAGGAUGUGUCUGUGGCCUUCUCCCAAGAGGAAUGACAAUGCCUGAACUCUGCUCAGAGGGCUUUGUACAUUGAUGUGAGGCUGGAGAAUUAAAGCAACCUGGUUACUGUGGGUGAGAACAUUUUUCUUGUUGAAUUCCUAACUAAACCUUCGUACUUAUUAGCACUAUUGUUUGUAAAUUCUAUGUUAAGUUGCCUUCAUGCAGCAGACAUCCAUGGAAAUUUUGGAAGAAGAAAAGAUCGUUUUCCUGGAAUUUCGUUCAUUUUUUCCAUUUUCCAUGUAAAAUAUGUUGACCAUGUCUCAUUUUGAUUCCAUAAUACAUUCAGAAAAUUUGUAUCAUAUAAUAUUUAUACCCAUAUAUUAAAGCUCUGUGUAAAUAGUUGUACCUGACAUGGUAGACUUCUGAGAAAAAUCUCAAGAUAUGCAAACUUUAAGUUAUACUUAAUUUGUUGAAGAUUCUGACAGGAAAUAGCAAAUUGAAACCAUCCCCACAUUCCUGUGCUUUGUGUUCUCUUCAUGAGCUGAAAACAAAUGAGAUUCCCACAGCAUACAGAGAGGAGAGAAAGCAGAGUGAGCUUGGGAAUGAGUGAGACAACAAACAUCUUCUGGUAAAAGAGAAAUCAAGAGCUAUAUUCAACAUCAUUCUACUUGCAAGGAUUACUGAUGAUUAAAUUUAAUAACUAUUACCAGAGCCUAUACCAUCUGAAUUAUGAUGAGAAUACUAGUACAAAAUGGAAUUAGAUUUACUGUUCUCGACAUCAGAGUAGAAAAAAAUUACAAAUUUUGAGCCUGAUGUGGGUAAAUGAAAAUGGAUUAAACUUUAAAAGCAUU